AUUAAUUGGCAUCGAGCUCACGCAAAACAUUUUAACCGUUCUAUAGGUAUUGAGUAAUUCACUUUGUAUUAUUUAUUGUAACGCCUGUAGCGUUAGUGUUACACGUAGAUGUAUUUUUUCUAAUGAAAACUCGAAGAUUUGAUAUUACAAAAUAUCUUCAAUUUUAUUUUCUUCUAUGAAUAACCUAUCCGAUAUUGAUUUAAGGUCACGGCCAGUUACGAUUAAUAUGAGUAGUAAAACAAAAGAUACCGUUUCCGUAAGCGUAACACAACCUGCCGCUGAAUCAAAAAAACAUUCGAAUUUUGCUAAAAGACGAGUUGUUUAUUGGGUGAGUAUUUAAUAACUAAAUUAAUUAAACGAAUUAAUUAAUUGGGUAGUUAAUUACUGUAUGCAAUACGUGCACAAAUAAACGGUAAAAUCACUAUUAAAAAAAAAUAAAAAAAAAUAAAUAAAUUUGUUAGCUCACAUCUUGAGUUUGGGUCACCUAGUUUUACUACCUCUUUCAUUAUUCUUAUUGAAAACCACAAUCACAGCGUAAGAGACUAACGUGUAUUUACAACAAUUUGUGAACGCGUCAAUCGACUUAGCAAUUUAGUUACCAGUUUUCAAAUAUAAAUUAAUUUGAGUGACCAAGUAAAGUAACACAUUUUCAGAAAAAUAAUAAUUCAGUCUCGUUACACACUUAAAAAAAAAAAAAUUACCCUUUACCAUAGCAAACCCGUGCACGUAUUUUCAACUCUAAUAUUUAGACUUUAACAGUUUUAAUUUUUUUUUACGCCUUUAAUUUAAUUUGACCGAAAAUCUAAGUACGUUAAAACCGCCGGUUUUCGUUGGCGCAUCACUAUUGUAAAUGUUGACCUUUUUGACAGUUGCGCAUCGUUCGAUUUUUGGGUUACAUAUCAUUUGCGCGUCAAUAUUAUCUAACAAUAGAACUGAACAAAUGAUGUGUAUACCUAAACGCUGAAGUUGUUUUCUAAACUUAAAUUUACACAUCUCAAAAUUUAUUAUUUAAUUUUCAAAUAUUGUAUUGGUUACACAAUACAUAUAUUUUUUCAUGUUUUUAUAUAACGCCAUGGCUGAAUCAUAUAUUUGUAUCAUUGUAUGGAUCUAUAAAAACUAAAUCUAUAGAAGCUAAUAUUUAUGACUUAUGAAUACCAUACAUUUUAACAAUACUACUAAUUGCAAGUAUACAAAAUCAUUGUAGUAAAAUUAUUUUUUAAAAUACCCACGUAGGUAGUCCAAAUCAAAUUGAUAAAAAUGUAUACAUUUGUUUUAUAUUACGUAUAAUAGUUCGUAGACAGAGCUGUGAGGUUUAAAUACAGUUGUGACCUAAUUCGUUAGUACUCGAUCUCGUUUGAUGGAUUUUUGAGGAAGUAUGGGCUUUUCCGUUUUACUCUUGUGCUUGAAUACUGAUGAUAACUGCAGUGCACUGUCGUGUACUUAUCUCAUUCAAAUAUUGAGUUUAAAUUAACAGUUUACAUAACCGAUAAACAUAAUAUGCUUAUAGUAGUUAUCGAGGAAAUAUUAAUUGUUGUAAUUUUUUUUUUCACAAGUAUAAUGGACUGAAGCUCGCGAAAUUAAAAAAAUUCAUAUUUUAUCUCUUGAUCGUGGCGAUCAGCUGUGCAAUUGUGUACACGAUCUACGGUAAGAUUUACCACGAAGACCCGUCGGUUGCCGAAUCGAAAGAAGCGCACCACGAUCAUCAACAGAACCUGCCCGACAUAAAACUAGGUGUCGUCGACGACGACGUUUCAAAGAAAACAAAAACCAUUGAAAUUAAUAUUAAAAAAAGAUCAAGGUGAUUGUAUAGAACAAUCGUGGAAAACUACAAGCUUCCAAAUUAAUGAUUUUAAAAAUAUUUCAAUCCGCCAAAUAUAAUAAUAACAGGUAACAAUAGGCUUUUUCUACGCGCACCUACUCUAUAACUAGAGUAUAAUUAUUUCUAACGAAUAUUCGUCUGCGUAUUAAAGUAGUAGUUAUAUUCCGUCAAUCGUUUACUACUUUUAUCGCAUGUUUAUUUUUUUAUUAUGUAAAUACCUACCUAAUACAGUAUUUAACUACGGCCGCGCAGAGAUGUGUCAUAAUGUACGUACUAUGAAAGUACUUACUAGAUAACAGCCCGGUCCUAUAAAAAUGGGAUCGGACCAGACCAAAUAUUUAAGACGAAUUGUUUAACCGGGUUAGUCCAAUUCCUAAAAUGUAUUUUUCAACCCAGACUAAUUUAUACCAAGCUUACAAAUUUUUUUAAAAGCCCGGAUCAGCCCAGUUCGGAUUAUAUAUUUAAAAAAAAAACCAGACCAGGAUCGUUUAGACAUUUACAUUUCAGUAUUUCAUAGUGUUAUCGUACUACAUUCAACAGUAGACUACGUUUAUUUUUACAAUUUCCGUUUUAAUGAAAAUUAAUAUUAAAUAAGCGAUAAAACAUGACGAGUGAAACGACCGCGUUUCAAGAAAUACGAACACAUGCUAAUUAUAAGCAAUUAUAAAUAAAUUGAUAACAAAUACUAUUUUUCCAAUUAUGAAACCCAGACCGAAAACCAGAAGGUCAAAAGACCGGACCGAACCCGAUUCCAAUAAUACUAAAAACAUAUUAUGAUUUUAACCAAACCUAAGCCAUUAUCACUGUCCCAGACCCGAACAUCUAAACCAAAAAUAUAAAAAGCAUGUUGACCAGACCCGGGACCGGGCUGACCUCUAGUACCUACUUAGGUAUCUACAAUAUAAUCGUGGCCAAGAUAAAAUUACAAAUAAUAAAGACUAUAAAAUUAAUGUUCAUUAAUGUUACCUAUAUUUAUUGUUUUUUUGUGAAAUAAGAUUUAUCUAAUCUGUAGGAUUUAUUAUUAAUUAAAGUUUGCCAGCACCUACGCCUAUGUUUUAAAUGUUUUAAUUAAUAGCUUAUUUUUUUGAUGUUAUUUAUUUAAUCGUUGUCCCUGAUGUGGAAAUUGAGGCAUUGAUUCGUAAAAUAGUAAUCGGGUCGUGCAACUGACAUGACCACUCCAAUACAAUAAAAAUAGUAGGAGGCAGCCUACACAAUUUGAACCGGCCUUCUUCAUCACGGUAAAAAUCUAAAAAAAAACCGUCGUUAUAAUAUUGUAGUUAAUUAAAAUGUUUUAAAAAUAUUUUUGUCAUUUAUAAUCAACAUAUUAUUGUAUUAUAUUACACUUUGAUUGAAAUUCAAUACCCUGUCCCUCCGAAGCCCUAGAAAUGUAUAAAUUUCGGUACCUACCUACGUUUAAUUUUUAUGACGUUUACGUACCUAUUUACUAAUAAACAAAAUUACUAGCGUUUAUUUUUUUAACAUUAAGUAUAUUUUUAUUUAUCAAUUUUUCUUCGAUUGACACCGUGUACCCAAAAUAAAUAAAAAUAAUCUAAAACUAGGUACCUAGAUAAUUGAUAGUCGUAUUUAUUUUUACCAAGGGCAUAAAACAAUAAGGUUUUUAGUUUUUACCACGAUUUAAAACCAUCUUAAAUCGUGGUUUACCGUAGACUGACUAUUGACUUUAUUUUAAUAAGAAAUAAAACAUUAGUCAAAUUUGACUGAUUGAUAAAAUACAUAGAAAAAUACUAAAAAAAAAAUCAUGAUUGUAUUAUUAUAUUUUAUAAUUAUUAUAACUAAUGAAAUUAAUACAUUAUGUUAAUCGAAAAAUUG